AACAAUAACAAUAAAAAUAUUUCCUCCGUCAAUGUCUGACGAUGGCAAACACAGACAGAGCAGAAGAAAAAUUUCUCCUGCAAAAAAGAGGAUUUGGAAAAAUUAAAGGUCAAGAUGAAUUGUGGGCUUUGCUGUGGCAUUGUGGUUUGCUUCUACAUCUCUUUCUCGUUGUCAUGGUCUUUCUCAUUCUCCUCCCUCUCCCUUGCACCCCCCCAACCACCACCACUCUGUCUUCUCCUCCUCGCUCUCACUAUCCUGCUCCCCCCUCCUUCUCCUCCUCACUCUCACUACCCUGCUCCCCCUCCUUCUCCUCCUCACUCGCACCACCCUGCUCCACCUUUGCCUCUUCAUCCCUGUUAUAUAUUGCAAAUAUUUCUGUGAUAACCUAAUGAGCACGCGUGCCACUGUAGGUUCUGAUUUUUGAAGUCUGAUCAGUGGACGGUGAUGUCGAGCUCACCCCAAAGAAGAAAAACAGAACUUGUUGUCAUUUAACAGUUACAUCUGUCGUGACUAACCUUUAGCAGCAGACAAAGUCUCUAUUCCUUACACGGGGUAUUUUUGAAGAAUUAAUAAUUUCACUCCCCACAUAAUGUCGAAACAAAUUUGGAAUUAUUUCAAAGGCCGAUCAAAUAUCAUUGUAGCAUGGGUACUGUAGGCAGGCUUGGCAAUUCCUUUACUUUAAAGAGCGGUGUAAAUAAUUAAAAAUUCUAAGAACUUUCCAUAGUUUAGAAUAUAAGAUGGACUUCAAAUCCCGAUACGCAACUGUCUUCAUCCAACAUGAAAGAGUUAGUUUGAUUAUAUGUUUAUGUAACAAGCGCUAAUCUGACAGAAGUUAUAGUAAAGCCAGAAACAUUCUAUGCUCAAGAACACGUUGCCUAUUUGAUAUCUAAGAUCAUUAAGCUUGUUGGACGGUAAACAAAACUGAUGCUACUUUUCUUAUAAGCCAACGUGGAUUCAGAAAAGCCAUUUGAUUGUGAUAUCCUCCUGUGCUGGAUCGAGGGGACAAGUGAAGUUUCGUCAACCCUUCUCUGAGGUGGUUAACUGAGACAUGUGAAGAAUGUGAAGGAAGUACUUUGUGAUAGUGGCCAUUGGUAUCACAUAUUCCAAUCUUGUUCCUACCAAACUUGGACUCUCCUUGAAUAAUCUUUGGAAGAUGCGUUUCGUUCUUUUAUUUUGUAUCUUGAAUGUAUCGACAAGCACAGCGGACGUUCUUUACUUCGUGCAAAAGCCUAAUUAUAAGCUUGAUGCUCCACAUGGGGACAAUACGAGACAGAUGAUCUUGCAUGACACUGGUCGUAGGGGCACACAGAGCAAUGGCAGUGAUUCUGUUCUGUUUUUAAAGAAAUACAAUCCAGCCACAAUUUGGUACAGACUACUAUGACACUUUGAACCUGAAUAGAAAUCACAAGAUAGGUGCUCACGCUUUGACAGUCAGAUCAAACUGAGUCAGCAGAAAAGAACGCAAUCCAUUUUCCAGAAAGACAACGACGACAAGCUAUUUCUGAUAACUCGUCCACAACAGAGGAAGACAUUCUGAUAAAAGACAACCAGACACUGACCACCGAAGGGUUGGAUUGGCAAAGCUUGACAAACUGCAAUAGGACUGACGUAGCAGCCAAGACUUCUUCAAGCAAUUCCUCAAACAUUUCCUUUAACAUUUUUUCCUCAAACACUUCCUCAAACACUUAUUCCUCCCACACUUCCUCAAAUCUUUCCUCAAAUAUUUCCUAAAAAACUUCCUCAAUCACUUCCUCCAACACUUCCUCGUCAAACGUUUCCUCCAACACGUCCUCCGAGUCCUGCAUAGAUUACUGUUUGACCGUCCACAAUAACGUGUCUUGCCCAUGUGACCCUGUAUGUUUCUUUAGAGACUCAUGUUGCCGAGACAUUGACCUGCUGUGUCCGGCGGAGUGGACAACGACACUCCAACUGUUUCAUCCCAGCAUAUUCCAAGCCCGCUUGUCUGUGACGUUGCCAUGAAUGUACCGACCGUGGACUCGUGUCCUGACCACCCAUCUGCUGUGCUGGAUCCCCCACAAACGUCAUCUCAGGCCCAACUUUUGAAAAUGAACAGUCCUGUCACGGAGACCACCACUGGUCUCACGUUCCUCAACACCUCUGUGUACUGGUGUCAUGCUAAUCCAACCAACGUUUCCCGCCCAAAUCUGGUGUACUGGACUGGAGUGUAUAAUGGACCAGCCUUUUGGGGACACGAAGACCUUGAAACAGCCCUCAAAGAUUUAGCAAAAAUGGAAAAGUUCUAUAUUUACCCGUCCAGGCGUGGAAAACGGCGUUCGUGUAAUCCCAACAAACACACACAGAGACACUUCAAGUUCGCAAUACUGCUUGAUGUCGAUGACGACAACCAUAUUCACUUCAGAAAAAAUCCAUUAAGCUUUAGUAAGUGGAAGCGAGCCCGGGCAGAAAUGUCGACACGUUCAUUGCAAUGGAGAUGAAGUGGAGAGGGUCAAUGGACAAUGUCUGUUUGAGCUUGGUUAUUGUGUUUGGGUAAACGCACCACCCCUUAUCAUCUCAGCUACCUCAGGUGUUGUUGAAGAUCCAAAGACAGCGAGCGUUGAGACUGAGACACCCUUCAACUCCCGAUGUAUCGAGUAUCUUAAGUGUGUGUUCCGUUACAAGUACCCUUCGGCUCAGAUAUCAGAGAUCAUCCCAUUCCCAGAUAGUGAAAGAUUUAUUGAUAGAAAUAAUUUCUACUUUUUUAGGAUAGAAGGUAUGUUCCCAUCGACAAGCGAACUUCCGUACGAGGCGUUCCAGGAGGCUGUAGCCUUUUAUUUACAGUAUUUGGGGUGGGCAUCCGGAACUUCAAAUUUGCGAUACAUUUUGCAUUCGUCAAACCAGGAGAGAUUCAAAACCCAAGAAGCGCCAUCUACCCUGUGGAACAGGUCGGCAGCAGUUGUCGACAAGCCGUCUCAUCCCUGUGAAAACAGUUCCGGCAACUGCUCCGCUAAGGGUGACGUGAACGAAACAAGCAAAUUAUAUGCAAGUGAUGACCUUAGGUGCACAGACGAGACCUUCAUUGCUACUAGUAAUACUACAUCCUGUGUGUAUUAUUAUUUUUCGGGAAAGUUCCAACUACCUAUACCCCCUGAUGCGAUGAGGCCUUUACGAAGUACCUCAAGAAACUUUACAUUUUGUAUUUCGGGAGAGAGGUCCAAUCAAUACAUAGAGAACGCCGGGUUCCUUGUCAUGCGUGUGCUAUUCGUGGUCAGUGCAUGCCAGCAGUAGGGCUGGACAAUGAGUCGCUUUAGCAAAAUCCGGAUAAUAAUAGGAUAGUGCACCUCUUCGGCU